AGCGAGGUUGGGGUUCGAAGUGUUAAUAAGUACAAAACUGAAAACAUAAAUUAGAGAGAGAAAAAAAAAAAACCAGAUUCUCAAAAAACCACUUCAGUUGGAGAAUGAGCUGCGAGACUUAAAUCUCGAAAUUCCGCCUGUACUUCGGGUUCGUUAGCAAAAAAAGGGGAAAAAAAGAAAAGAUUCUUGUGUAGCACAGACCUCAUAUUUAGCUAUUAUGGGUGAAGAAGAUGUAAUUACCGAUAAGGUUGAGCCUGUUGCAAAUGGCAGCACGGAAAUUGAGAAAAAGACUGAUGUGGAGGAAAAUACCGAGACAGUACCCGAUAGUAAAGGGAAGCAGCAUGAUGAAGUGACAGAAAUGGAAGAAGAUAAAGCAGAUGAUGAGAAAGUUGAGGCUCAACAAAUGGAUGUGGACAAAGAAGAUGUCAAUGAAGUCAAGGAAGAUGAAAAAAAGGCAGAGGAUGAAGAAAAGGCGGAGGAGAUAGAAAAGGCUGAGGAGGUAGAAAAGGCUGAGGAGAUAGAAAAGGCUGAGGAGGUCGAGAAGGCUGAGGAUGAAGAAAAGGCGGAGGAGGAAGAAAAGGCGGUGGAGGUAGAAAAGGCGGUGGAGGUAGAAAAAGCGGUGGAUGAAGAAAUGGCAGAUGAUGAAGAAAAGGUGGAGGAGGUAGAAAAGGCGGUGGAUGAAGAAAUGGCAGAGGAUGAAGAAAAGGCGGAGGUUGAAGAAAAGGCGGAUGAUGAAAAGAAGGUGGAGGAUGAAGAAAAGAAGGCAGAGGAUGAAAAGAAGGCGGAGGAUGGAAAGAAGGCAGAGGUUGAAGAAAAGGCUGAGGUUGAAGAAAAGGUCGAGGAUGAAAAAAAGGUGGAGGAUGAAACUGUAGCAAAAGAAGGAGGAGAGGGAGGGAAGGAAGAGACUGAAGCUGACAAAGAAAAGCAAGAAAGUGGUGGAGAAGAUGGAGGAAAGGAUGGACUUAAGAGUGAAGAAAUGGAGGUAGACUCUGAGGAGAAAGCCAAGGAAGAGUGUGAGGAUAAGGUUGAAGAGGAGGCUGAUGGAAUGGAAGAGGAGGAAGAAAAGCCAGAAGAGGUUAAAGAAGAAAAAGCUACGAAGAAACGUCCGAGAUCAAAGAGUAGUGCUAGGAAAAAGGGCAGUAAUAAGAAAAAAGAAAAUGUAGGGGAAGAGAAAGAACAGAAAUCCCCAACUGAGAAAAAGAAAAAAGAGCCUAAAACCCCAGUGGAGAAAAAGGAAAAGGAGCCAACAACACCUGCAGCUUCAACUCUUGAUCGCCCUGUACGUGAGCGAAAAUCCGUGGAAAGGUUGGUCGCGACUAUUGAGAAGGACUCUUCUAGAGAGUUUCUUAUUGAAAAGGGUCGUGGAACUGCACUGAAAGAUAUCCCAAACGUGGCAUAUAAGAUUUCAAGAAAGAAGGCCGAAGAUACUUUCAAAUUGCUGCAUACUAUCCUUUUUGGAAGGAGAGGAAAGGCUGCUCAAGUGAAGACCAACAUUUUAAGAUUCUCGGGGUUUGUUUGGCAUGGUAAUGAGGAAAAACAAUUUAUCAAAAUCAAAGAAAAACUUGACAAGUGUGUCAAGGAGAAACUAGCAGAGUUCUGUGAUGUUUUCGAUAUACCAAUUACCAAGUCUACGAGGAAGGAAGAUAUGGUUGCAAAGUUGUUAGAGUUUUUGGUGGAACCUCAGGCGACAACCUCUGAUUUGCUUGCUGAAUCGGAGCAGGGAAAAAAGAGAAAGCGGGUCAGCAAAACGGCAUCUGGGAGUGCUACCCCAUCAAAAGGCUCAGCGAAGAGUCAGAAGAAAGGUGAAGGUUCGUCUAAAAAGGGUGGAGAGGCAAAGAACAGCCCUCCUGAAUCAGAAGACGAAUCAGAAAAGGAGAAAGAAGAAGAUAUUAAUGGUGCUCCUGAAAGAUCGGACGAUGAGGUGUCUGAACAUGCUGAAAGUGAGGAGAAAGGAAGUGAACCCGAAGAGGGGUCAGAUGAAGACACAGAAAAGCCGAAAAAACGAGCAAAAUCAUCUGCAAAGAAGGAAUCUUCCGAAAAAGCUAAAACCAAGAAAAUAACCAUCUCUAAAAAGGCCAACCCUCCACCCAAAAAAGCCCCAGCAAAAUCACCAUCAAGCCGCCCAAAAAGCGCUAGUGAAGAAACAAGUGCGAAAAAGUCUUCUGCUAAGAAGAAAGAAGAACCAAUCAAGAAGAAAGAGGAACCGAUCAAGAAGUCGUCAACUCCAAAGAAAUCCUCUCCAAAGGAGAGUGCUGGGAAGAAGAUUCUGAAAGUAAAAGAGAAGCUCAAGGAGGCGGCACUUAAUCCGAGCGAUGAUGAACUCAGAAAUGCGAUUUAUAAGAUCCUCAAGGAGGUCGAUUUCAAUACGUCUACCUUCACGGACAUUCUGAAGCUGCUUGCUAAGCAGUUCAACAUGGAUUUGACGUCUAGAAAACCGACAAUAAAGCGCAUAAUCCAGGACGAGCUCACAAAGCUAGCCGAUGCUGAAGAGGAGGCCGAUGAAGAGGAAGAUGAAGAAGACGAUUCUAAGACGAACGAGAAGAAACCUUCCAGCGUAGGUGUCAAGGCCUGACAACCUUUUAGCCAGCUGGAAAGAAAAAACCGCACAUAAGAGAGAUUUGGUGUACACUAUAUAAUAUAUAUAUAUAGAUAUAACUUACUCUCUUCAGGUUCGUAUGUGUUGUAAUUUAUAUUAGAUUAUGUUAGUGCAGUUGUUCCUCGCCCCCUCACGACUCUUCGAGUAAGGCUGUAAUUUAUUUGCUGCUAGUGUUGUUUAACUGCUUAGGUGUUGAUAGAAUUUAACAGUUUGAAGGUGGCUUGUUGUUGUGCGUGCGCAACGAGACGAGAUAACAUUCGUAGCGUUUCUUUUUUACUUCCUCGUGUAUUCAUGAUUAUCACCCUGUAAUAGGAGGAAAUAAUUUCAGACUUUUGAUUGUCUUUUGUUAACUUGCAUGGUUAUUUAUUA